AUGGCUGACACCUCAUCUUUCAUGGACUGGCAUCCUCAGACGCCUCCUCCAGCGCACAACCCGUACCAAGAUGAAAGAUACAUGCCCGGCGGUUGGCCUGUCGAUCCCCCUACACCACCCCCUCCUACCACUGGCGUCUUCAUGCCUCCUCGCAGACCUUCUCCUCUGGACCACGUUAUCCCUGUCGCAAAGAGAAUAUGCGCAGGCCUCGGCGAGUUGGCUGGACUAGGCUUUCAUGCAGCUGCACAACUCGGAAGAUGUACUAUUGGUGCCACGACAAAGGUUGUCACUGUGCCCACUGUCUAUGUUGUCCGACGAUUCCAGCAGCGCCGUCGUGAACAGAGAUCUCGGCCACAAAGACGACAAGGUGCUCCAAGACCCCUGCCUCCACCACUCUCAGAAUCGCCCUGGAAUCGAGCCGUUGCAAGAGAGCUCUCCACGGCUCAACAUACACCAUCUCCUCGUCCACAAACACCCCCAGUUCCGGGCAAGCUACAGCUCGAAGCCACUUCGCCUGCAAAGGAACAGCUCCCUUCCACAGAGAACGCCCUGUACGAAGUCCCAGAGUUCAGGCCCGCUCACGUCUUGAACCGACGCAGAAAAAAUGCUACCCCACGAGCCCAAAACCGGCGCACACGCAUCGAUCGAGUGUUUCCGGGAAUGCCUCGAUUUACACCUCCUCAAGAACCCAAACCACUUUAUCUUCCAACACCUGACGAAAAGCUCGAGGUGCCAUUACUAGAAUGCGCCAAACUAGAAUCUCCCUACCCGCAGUUGAAACCAUUUCCUGCCACACCUCCCUCGCCUGCGACAACCAUCACAUCCAUCGAUUCUCCCACACCCAGUGCACAGUUACAACAAGGCCUCCACGCAGUCACCGAAAGCGACACAGAGUCGAACAGUGUUAUCUCAUCAAUCCUGCAAUCUAGAAAGAGACGGAUUCAUACACAAGGCUCCCCAACAACCGAGAGCGACGAAACUCCUACAUCCACAACGAGAGUCCAGACCAAAAGUCCGAGCGUGGAAUCGCCACAGACUCCGACACCCGUCAUUGUCGUGCAAGAUGCACCCUUGUCAGUCAAUCCCAACGCCCCAACUCCUACAGACACGACUUUGUUGUCACCUCCACGUCUGAAACUACGACGAUUCAAUACUCCACAAUCACUCCAAAAGAAACUGUUCGCCCUCAAGAGCCCGCAGACACCGCAGUCAGAAAUCUCGUCCAGAUGCGACUGCUCUCCAGGAAAUGAUCACAUCGACGCCCCCAGAUCUCCCGUUAAGAGCGAGAUUUCUUCUUUCUUCGAUGGAACACCACCUCCAAACCCUGAACAGGACGCUCCUGUGUUCGGAAUGAUCAUGUCUGGAUGCGGAUCCCCAAUACCCGCAUCCAGUGCCCUCGCUAAGAGCGACAGUCUCGGAGAAACAUCAGUGUCCAACACCAACGCGGCACCAGAACAACCUUCUAGUGCACCUACUAACGGCAAUGAAGCAGCCGCGCCAGAGAGCCGAAGCGAAGCGAACAAGCGCCUUAACUCUACCACAGUAGAAGCGACAAGCGAGAUGACGGAAAAUGUUCUCGGCCUGGCCAACCAAGGACAUAUUCCAGAACCAAGCAAUGUCACAAAGGAAGAGGAGCCAGGCAUCGCAAUGCAGGAUCCCGAAACUUCCAAGAAAGAAUCGCCCGAAACACCCGAGCGAGUCAAACCACGAAAACCAAAUGUCACAAUUCCCAUUGACCUGACCGAUGACAAGGAUACCAGCGAAUCCAGCUCAUCGGCUACAUCCUCCCUUCAGACCCCAGAAAAGCAACUCGCAGAACUCAGGCUAGAUGAUGUAUAUACACCCGAGCACCCGACCCCGAAAGCGACACCCCACUCAUCCGAAAAGACCCAGAGAGUUACCCGAGCAGAGUCCAAGAGACUCGCCAUCCUCGAAGAAAAGACUCACUACGAAAUUGCCCCACUCCCAGAAGAAUGGGAAGAGAGAAUCCAGACUGCCCUUCGUCACGGUCAUGGUGCUUUCAAAGCCAGAGAUUUUACCCGUGUUGUGCCCCUCAAUGACCAGUCCAGCUUCGGCACAGACCAAUGGCUCAAUGACGAAGUGAUUAAUGGGUACCUCAACCUGGUCGUCGCCCAUGGCAGACAGAACGAUCGUCCCACCCAAGUUCCCACACACCACGCCUUCGUGUCCUUUUUCUUCAACAACCUCGAAACCCGCGGAUAUGAUAGUGUCAAACGAUGGGCUUCUCGAGCAAAGAUCGGCGGCAAAAACCUCCUUGAGACAGAAGCAGUGUUUAUUCCCGUCAACAGCGGCAGUCAUUGGACCCUUUGUGUGGUGUCAGGCAAGAACCGCACCAUCGCACACUACAACAGCAUGAGAGGGAGUGGGAAACGGUACAUUAACAUUGUGAAGACAUGGGUUUCUGCAGAAUUGGGAUCUGCUUACAAGGAAUCCGAGUGGACCUUUAUUGAGACAGGGGAGAGCCCACAACAAAGCAACAUGAACGAUUGUGGGGUGUUUACCGUCACCUCUGCGAGGCAGAUCAUGUUGGGGCUUACGCCCAUGUCGUACAGUCCCGACAUGAUCCCUUUGCAGAGGAGGAGGAUCGUGGCGGAGCUUGUCAACGGGGCGCUCUUAAAGAGCAGUUUGUAA